AUGUGUCAUGAAGCAGGAGGGGAAGAAGCUGUUGGACACUCAAUAAAAGACCAUUUGAACUUUGUGACAAGGAAGAAGAUGAAGGAAAUUGAGGGUGGGGAUGUACAAAAUGUCAUUGACAAUUUAUAUAACCUACAAUCUGGAGAUCCAGAUGUGUUUUUUCGUUUUCGAUUAAAAGAAAACGGAAAAUUGGAGACUCCUGUUUCUGUAUUUACAGACCAAGAUCAAGCAAUGUCUAAUGCAAUAAUGAAGAUUAUGCCUCUGGCAUCUCAUACAAAUGUUGUGUCACGUUUUGGGGCAUUAAAGCGAGAUACAACUUUCAAAGAUGCUUUCAACCACUGUCUAAGUGGAUGUGUCAGUGAAGAAGAGUUUGAAAGAUGCUGGGAAAAAAUGAUAACUACAUACAAUUUAGGUAACAGUAAGUGGUUUAAACGGUUAUACAAAAUAAAAGAUAAGUGGUGCACUGGUUUGAGCAAAGACUUCUUCUCUUCUAGGAUAUUAUCUUCUCAAUGA